AUUCAAAAUUGGAUACCUUUAUUUCGCAGUUCACACCGAUAUAAUAAUAAUAAAUGCCUUUAAAAUUAUAGUUCUAUCAAAUUUGAAGAAUAAAUGGCUGAAAACGAACUUAAAUAUCUUAUUGUUGAUAAACAAGUUAUUAAUGACCCAGCUUCUCAGGCAGAGUGGACAUUCAAAAAAUUGGUAUGGAUACCUCAUGAAAUUCAUGGAUUUAUACAAGCUAGUAUAAAAGCCGAACAAGGAGACGAUUUAGAUGUCGAAUGUCAAGAAACAGGAAAAAGAUUAAGAAUACAAAAAGUAGAUGUUCAAAAAAUGAAUCCACCAAAAUUCACUAAGGUUGAAGAUAUGGCAGAUUUAACUUGCUUAAAUGAAGCCUCAGUAUUUCACAAUCUCAAAGACAGAUAUUAUUCUGGCCUUAUAUAUACUUAUUCCGGUUUAUUCUGCGUUGUUGUUAACCCUUACAAAAAAUUACCGAUAUACACCGAAAAAGUUAUCGAAUAUUACAAAGGCAAAAAGAGGCACGAAGUUCCGCCGCACAUAUUCGCCAUAGCCGACAGCGCUUACAGGAGUAUGCUUCAAGAACGGGAAGACCAGAGUAUCCUUUGCACUGGUGAGAGCGGGGCGGGUAAAACGGAAAACACCAAAAAAGUUAUACAAUAUCUUGCCUACGUGGCAGCUUCUCAUCGAACCAAAACUUCCGGGAACCCUUCCCAUAGCAAUCCAUCCACACCAACCUCCAAUAGCGGAUCGGCACUUCAAGCCUAUUUCUUGAUGAUGGGAGAACUCGAAAAACAAUUGCUCAAAGCCAAUCCCAUACUUGAAUCUUUCGGAAAUGCAAAAACUAUCAAAAACGACAAUAGUUCCCGCUUCGGCAAAUUCAUAAGGGUAAACUUUGAUACCUCUGGUUACAUUUCCGGCGCCAACAUAGAAACAUAUUUACUAGAAAAGGCGCGCGUUAAUAGACAGGCCAAAAAUGAAAGAUCCUUCCAUAUAUUCUAUCAAAUCUUGCUUGGCGCCAACGAAAAAUUAAAAAGUGAAUUACUGCUCCAGAAUAUAAAAACUUACAGUUACAUAUCCAAUGGUAACGUAUUAAUCCCUGGAAUUGAUGAUAGCUCUGAAUUUGAAAACACCAUCGCCGCUAUGAAGAUUAUGGGCAUGGAGAAUAAUAUCACUUCCAUAUUACGAAUUAUAUCGGCCGUUCUUCAAUUUGGAAACAUGGAAUUCCAAACUGAGAGAAAAUCUGAUCAAGCUACCUUACCGGAUGACACAACCGCUCAAAAAAUAGCGUGCCUUUUAGGCUUGAACGUAUCCGAGAUGAUAAAAGCCCUGCUAAAGCCGAAAUUAAAAGUGGGGAGAGAUUUGGUGACAAAGGCCCAAACUAAAGAACAGGUCGAAUUUUCGGUCGAAGCAAUUGCUAAAGCAACAUACGAAAGGUUGUUUCGAUGGAUAGUGAGUAGGAUAAAUAAAUCGCUCGAUAGAACAAAAAGGCAGGGGGCUUCCUUUAUCGGUAUUUUGGACAUCGCCGGCUUCGAAAUCUUCGAGAAAAAUUCGUUUGAACAACUCUGCAUAAAUUACACGAACGAAAAAUUGCAACAAUUGUUUAACCACACCAUGUUCAUUCUCGAACAAGAGGAAUAUCAAAGGGAAGGCAUCGAAUGGAGGUUCAUCGAUUUUGGCCUCGACCUACAGCCCACUAUAGAUUUAUUGGAGCGUAGACCCAUGGGAAUCUUGGCUUUACUUGACGAAGAAUGCUGGUUCCCUAAAGCUACAGACCAAUCUCUCGUUGAUAAAUUAGUUAAUGCCCACGGGACCGGAGCCGGAACAGGUCUCGCCCACCCAAAAUUCGCUGGGCCAGACUUUCGAGACAACGCUAAAACUAGCUUUAGUGUUGUUCAUUAUGCUGGAAAGGUCGAUUACUCCGCUGAUCUAUGGCUCAUGAAAAACAUGGACCCUCUUAACGAAAAUUUAGUUUCGCUUCUCCACAAUUCUCAAGAUCCAUUCGUGGCUCUCAUUUGGAAAGAUGCCGAUAUCGUCGGUAUGUCCUCAGCUCCCGCCAUUAAUGGUUUUGGUGGUAAUUCUAAUUCACCUGCCGGAGGUAACAACGAAAAUAGUUCGCCAUUUUUCAAUUUUGCCGCCAGAAAUACUAGAAAAGGUAUGUUUAGAACUGUAGGACAGCUGUACAAGGAUCAACUCAACAAACUUAUGACCACACUUCAUAAUACAAACCCCAAUUUCGUUCGAUGUAUAUUACCGAAUCAUGAAAAAAAACCCGGAAAAAUAGAAGCUGGGCUUGUGCUAGACCAAUUGAGGUGUAAUGGUGUCUUGGAAGGUAUACGCAUAUGUCGACAGGGUUUCCCUAAUAGGAUAGCAUUCCAAGAAUUUAGGCAAAGAUAUGAAUUUCUGACACCGAACGCCAUCCCCAAGGGAUUUAUGGACGGCAAAAAGGCUUGUGAGGAGAUGUUAAAAAGCUUGGAACUCGAUGAAAAUCUGUUUAGAAUAGGGCAAAGCAAAAUUUUCUUUAGGGCCGGCGUAUUAGCUCACUUAGAGGAGGAAAGAGAUUUGAAGCUGACACGGAUCAUAGUGCAAUUCCAAGCAUUUUGUAGGGGAAAUUUGGCUAGGAAAAUGUACAAGAGGAGGCUGGAACAAAUGAACGCUAUUCAUAUUUUGCAACGAAACAUGGCUGCCUAUCUGAAACUCAGAAAUUGGGCCUGGUGGAGACUAUUCACUAAAGUUAAACCCUUGCUCCAAGUAACAGGUCAGGAAGAAAAAUUGGUGGCCAAGGAGGAAGAAACCAAGAUUUUGGCCGAAAAGUGUGAAAAACAAACCCUCUACGUGAAAGAACUCGAAAGCAAAUACCAGGGCUUGUCGGAAGAGAACAACAUACUCAACGAGCAAUUGCUGGCCGAGAUAGAAUUGUGCGCUGAAGCGGAGGAAAUGCGGGCUAGACUCGUUAAAAAAAAGGAGGAGUUAGAGGAAAAUCUCAACGAUUUGGAGGCCAGGGUCGAAGAGGAGGAGAGUAAAACGGAAAGUUUCCUGAAAGAGAAGAAAAGGCUAGCUCACGUGCUCGAAGAAACCCGACAAAUGCUAGUCAAUGAAACCGAGACGAGAGCUAAAAUGGCCCUUGAAAAAUCGGGAAUGGAAGUUCGGCUCAAAAGAGUCGAGGAAACUUUAAUCGGGGCCCAGGACGUCAAUGAAAAAUUGGUAAAAGAUCGCAAAAAUAUGGAGGAACGCUUGGAGGAAAUGUCCCAACAACUUACUAAGGAAGAGGAAAAAGGCAAGCACUUAUCUAAACAGAAAAACAAGAUGGAUAAUCUGGUUCUCGAACUUCAGGAUCAAUUAAAUAGAGAAACAGCCUUCAAACAAGAACUCGAAAAGUACAAAUGCAAACUCGAAACAGAUUUGAACGAUUUUAAAGAGCAGCUUAACGAGAAAGUAAUCAAGGUGGAAACUCUACAGACCCACCUCCUUCACAAAGAACAAGAAUUGACCAAAUCCCUCUCUAAAGGGGACGAGGACAAAGCCAUAAUAAUGUCGCUUCAAAAAACGAUACGCGAACUUGAAAGCGUAAUAGCGGAUCUCAACGAGGACAUAGAGUCCGAAAAAAAGGCCCGGAUUAGAGCUGAGACCCAAAAAAGAGAUUUGGAAGAUCAAUUCGAGUCACUCAAAAGUGAACUAGAGGACACUCUCGAUACGAACGCGACGCAACAAGAAGUAAGGAACAAACGGGAAGCAGAACUUUCCAACCUAAAAAAGGCCCUGGAAGAGGAAUCAACUAAAAGGGAAAUUCAAAUUGCCGAUCUUAAAGCCAAAUACACUACGGCUUUAGAGAAGCUAAAUGACCAAAUCGAGAAUUUUAAAAAGAAUAAGAAUGCCCAGGAAAGACUAAAAACAAACCUGGAAGCUGAAAACAUAGAUCUGGUUAACGAAACCAAGUCCCUUUUAUCGGCCCGAAACGAAGCUGAAAAGCGUCGCAAAAUCGCUGAGCUCGGCUAUUCUGAAGUGAUGCGUCAAGUCACCGACCAAGCCGCUGUAAUUACUGAAUUACGCGAGCAAAUCGUCCGGCUACAAACUGAGAUUGACUCCGCCAAUCAUAAUUUGGAAGGGGAAUGCUUAAAAUCCAAUCAAUCGGCUAAGAUUAUAGCAGGACUGGAACAGUCAGUUGGCGAAAUUCAGGAGAACCUAUUUGAAGAAACUCGGUGCAAAUUAUCGGCUCUGGCAAAAGUUAGGGAUAUCGAAAGCGACUUAGAAAGGGAGCGAGAAAAAAUUCCCAGGUUAACUAAAGAAAUUCAUACCACGACAAAUCAAUGUAUGGCAUUGACUAGCACGAAUUCUGACCUCAAGGCCAAGCUAAGCGAAGUAUCUAAGGAGCUCGAAGCCCAAGAAGAGACUAAGAAGAACUGGUCGAAAGAUAUGGAAGACGCCAUUACUCAAAUCAACGCCCUGACAUUAGCUAACGAUAAACUCGACAAGACUAAGAAGAAAUUGCAAACUGAACUCGAAGACUGCAUCCUAUAUCUAGAAAAAGAAAAAUCCAAGGUUUCUGACCACGAAAAAAAACAAAAGAAAUUUGAUUCUUUACUCUCGGAACAAAAGAGUGCGGUGCUAACAAUUUUAGAAGAAAAGGAAGCCUGUGAAAGGGAGUGCAGAGAUAGGGAAACUAAGGUGUUGUCGAUUCAAAGAGAAUUGAGCGAAUGCUUGGAAAAACUCGCUGCCAGCGAAAAGGUAAAGAAACAACAAGCUCUCGAGCUCGAUGAAUUAGUUUCUAAUAAAGACGACGCUGGAAAAAAUUACCAUGAACUAGAAAAGAACAAGCGUUCGCUAGAAAACGAUGUAAUUGACCUGAAAUCAAGACUCGAAGAAUUGGAAGACGAACUCCAAAUAAGCGAAGAUGCCCGACUUAGGCUGGAGGUCAAUAUUCUAGCCGUGCAGAAAAAUUUCGAAAAGGAAAGAAGCCACAAGGAGGAAGAAUAUGAAGAAAGAAUUAGGUUCUUGAAUAAAAAGCUAAAAGGCGUUGAAACCGAAUUAGACGAAGAACGUAAACAAAAGCCAAAUUAUUUGAGCAUCAAGAAAAAGUUGGAGACCGAAAAAAAAGAAUUGCAGAAUCAACUCGAAUGUGCCAUAAGGGCAAAAGACGAAACCAUCAAACUAAGCAAAAAAUUACAGAUGGGCUGUGCCGAAAUGCAGAAGGAAUACGAAUCUAUGUCGCAAUACAAAGAAGAAAGUCAGGCAAGAGAAAAAGAUUUUGAGAGGAAGAUCAAAAUUUUGGAGAGCGAAUUGAGCAUAGCGCAACAGGAGGCCUCGUCAAAUGAACGGUACAGAAAGACCGCCACUUUUGAAAACGAGGAAUUGCUAGAACAGAUUGCCACAUUGAAUAAUUUGAAAAAUCAAUGCAUGGAAGAUAAACGUAAGUUUGAAACCAAAGCCACGGUGUUGGAAGAUGAAUUGGAAGAGGAGCAAAGCAACGUCGAAAUGGCGGAGGAAAGAAUUGCUCGACUACAAGCUCAAAUUGACGAAAUUAACUCGCAAUUAGCUUACGAAAAGGCCCAGAAUCAGAAAUUCGAAAUGCAACUCGCGAAUUUGGAUCGAAUAAAUAAGGAGAUGAAGGUCAAACUCUCGGAAAAUGAUCACAUGGGACUCAAAAAACACAAAAAUAUUGUGACAGAGCUUGAAGCCAAGAUAUCGGAAUUACAAGAUACCAACGAAAAUAAUUUGAAGGAAUGUCAAGCUGUAAAUAAAGCCAACAGAAGACUAGACAAGCGUAUUCGAGAGUUGACGUUACAAAGGGACGAGGAGCUCAAGAACGCAGAACAGUUGAAAGAACAGUGCGAAAAGUCUAAUAGUCGUUACAAAGUGCUGAAAAAACAAAUGGAAGAAAUGGAGGAGGAUUCUUCCAAAUUAAAUCAACAAAAACGUAAGCUGCAACGCGAAUUCGACGAACAAACCGAGAGCUACGAGGCGAUUAAUCGCGAAUUAAUUGCGCUUAAAAAUAAAUUUCGAUCUAUGUCUUCCCGGACCUCGCGAUUCUUUAACAAUUCUACCACAGCUAAAAGCAUAUCACCAAACUUCAUAUCCAAUCUCAUCAAUCCUUCAUCUACCCUUAACAACAAUCAAAGCCAAGAGUCACUUAAUUUCAAUAACGAUACCAUAACCACUACAGAUGAAGACUCUUUGCCUCCCACCGAAAUGAUCGGAAAUUCUAACAACAUUAAUCCUAACAAUAAGAAUGGGUCAAAUCCUAAUAUUCCAAACAAUUUUUCCACCUUUAAUAACAAUUUUUGAAAAUAAAAUUAUUUCAUGUGACCUUUUGAUGUUUAUAAAGGUGUUUUUUUCCUCCAAUACAUGUGAAAAGAGCCAAUUUAUUUUAUAAAUUUAUACCUAUCUUUAUAUAUUUUUCUCACUGCUCACUGAUAACAAAUAAUUGUUAAAAAUCUUAUGUACCCAAAAUUAAUUUUUGUGAAUCAAAUCAAGUUAUUAAACUUUAAAUUUAUUUUUCAAAUUAGGACCAUGCACCCAGGACCCAUAUUUAAGCUUAGCUCAACUUUGUGAUUUAAAUUAAGUAUUUCUUCUUUUUUUUUAUAACAUACUUUUUGAUAAUUUCAUUAGUAAUGAACAUUUUUUUUAUUAUAUCUAAAUGUGAUUCUGAAUUCAACUUGUAUUUUAAAAUAUUAAAGAAAAUAUAUAUAUGCUCAUCAUUUUAUACAAAAAUUAUAUCAAUUUUCUAACCUCUUGUAAAUUUAUAUAUCCUUGAUUUUUAUUUCCA